AUGUUAAGGAAUUGUGCUACACAGAGAUCAAGCAUUUUCGUUAGGUAUGCCUCCCACGGUGGCUACAAGAGAUGGAUGCAAACGGUACCAAGUUCGGUCAAGAGACUGCCAGUGGCAAACUUUGGCUCAUUGAACUACCAGCUCAAUCAAGAGAUGGCCCCUGUACAGCAGCAAACGCUGCCUAGAGGAGGCUCUCGCUGGUCGAAGCAUUCCCUUUCAUUCCCUACCCCUAAACCACAAGAACAAAAGACACAGCAACAACCUGAACAGCAUGAAUCAAUCACUAUUGCAUCGCCACCACAGCCAGUGGCUAGAAAGUCGAGAACCUCGAGGUUCAGAAACGCUGCCAAGUCAUCUAGAGAGACCAAGGAGGCUUCCACGAAGCAUGAAGAAAUUACCAACAAGGAGGUUAAGGAAACGCCGGCAACCUCAAAUAACACCACUGCACAAACCGUUUCGACGGAAGAGAAGCCUUCUGUUACAUCUGCACCACUUCCUAAGGUCAGUGAAGAGAAGAAGGCCAGAAGACAGUUGCGUCCUAGAAAGGCAUUGAUCACAUUAUCCCCAGGUGCCGUGAGUCACCUUAGAGCAUUGAUAGAUCAACCCGAGCCACAGCUCAUCCGCAUUGGUGUGAGAAACAGAGGUUGUUCGGGCUUGACGUACCAUUUGGAGUACGUUACGAAACCAGGCAAGUUCGACGAGUUGGUGGAGCAGGAUGGCGUCAAGGUCUUGAUUGAUUCAAAGGCCCUUUUCUCCAUUGUUGGUUCCGAGAUGGACUGGAUUGACGACAAGCUCUCGUCCAGAUUCAUCUUCAAGAACCCCAACUCGAAGGGUACCUGCGGUUGCGGCGAAUCAUUUAUGGUUUAA